GAGAAGCUGGCACAGUUACUGCCUUUGAUCAGAGUUUUACAAGUGCAGGUUGAUAUGAAGAAAAUCUGCGUGUUUCUACCCAGACACCAUGUUGACCUUCAUGAUCCAAGUUUGAGCAUAGUGUCAAAUUACCAGCAGCUGGCAAGGUCAAGGUCACUUCCAGAUACAGUGGUUGUAAGCCUGCCCAGGGUGCUAAUGCAGAGUGCAGGUCUCAAGGCUUUGCCAUAUGUACAGGACCUGCCUAUUACCACCGUGGAAGGAUCACUAGUGGGUGAUAAAAUACCAUGGAAUGUGAGCCUGCAGAACUGUGCUAUUUAUAGCUUGCAUCAAAACAGCUCUGAGAUUGACCUGCCCCUGAGAGUUCUUCAUUUUCUGAAACCAGCAACAGUGUCUAGUACUGUAGGGGGUUAG